AUGUGCCGCACCAGCUGCUCCUCCGGCUGCCAGGCGCCCUGCUGUGUUCCCAGUUCCUGCCAGACAGCUUGCUGUAUGCCUGUGAACUGCAAGCCUGUUUACUGCAUGCCUGUGAGCUGCAAGCCAGGUCUAUGCACACCCGUGAGCUGCAAGCCCACUGUGUGUGUGCCCAUGAGCUGCAAGCCAGCCAUAUGCACGCCUGUGAGCUGCAAGCCCGUUGUGUGCAUGGCCCCCUGCUGCCAGUCCUCCGGGUGCUGCCAGCCCUCCUGCCCCACCCUGGUCGGUAGACCUGUCCCCUGUGGCACCCCUUCCUGCUGCUGAGCUUCCUGCUGGUGAGCCCAUGGCCCCCCAGAACCCCUCCUCUGUGGGGUCAGAAGUAGCUGGCUCUCUGAACUCCUACAAGGCAGCCCAGACAUCUUCCACUUCAGGCCUUCUGGACCCGACUAGACCACUUUGCAACAAGGCUGCUCCAUCCCAGCGGUCCAGCCUGAGGGGUCCAGCCCCCAGUGUCCCCUGGCCCCAGCCCUGGUCAUGCACACGGCACCCACCCUGCCUGGUGUGGAGCGUCCAGGAUCUGCAGCUUCCAGCAUUGAAGGCCUAAUAAACGCCAGAGUGUGAGGCCCAGCUGAGCGUGCGACGACUCUCCUUUAGUGCUUU